AUCAAGCGCGUGAGGCCGACGGCUGCACUUCCUAGGUGUAGAAGAAGAAUCUGAGCGCGCGCGCUUUGCGGUGGAGGAACUAGAAAGGCGGAAGAAGACGAGAGGACAUUGAAAAAAGCUUGAUAACUCCUAGCUGACUGGCCAGAAACGCAAUUAGAUGCUGUGUUAACAGCAGAGUGGCUCCUCUUUUCAUGCAUAUUUAGUUCGCCGAUGAAAAACGCCCUGACUACGUUCAGUCACCGCUGCUUCAACUCGCCUCAUGAGUCGAGAGACGCGACUCGUGGAGUCCCAGAGAGGUUGCAUUUGUCCCAUCCGCCCCGAAGCAACCCGCGUGACACAAAGUUGCAUUUAACUUGAGCGAAAGUGCUGUGAUACCCAUAAAGGGACGAUAUAUUGUCCUUUUUUUACGAACCGGGACUUUAAUAUUUUUGUGGGGGGAAAGUUGUCCGUAUAGGAGAGGCCUGACCGCAAGUGUGCAAGGAGCGCCCGCUGCUGCCGAACCGAGGACGGAGCCACAAAUCGGUAACAAACAUGUCGGCCCAGGCCCAGAUGCGAGCGAUGCUGGACCAGCUAAUGGGGACGGGGAGAGACGGAGACACCAUGCGGCAGAGGAUCAAAUUUUCAGAUGAUAGAGUCUGUAAAAGCCACCUCUUGGAUUCAUGUCCCCAUGACAUCUUGUCUGGCACUAGAAUGGACCUGGGAGAAUGUGCUAAAGUCCAUGAUUUGGCCCUAAGAGCAGAUUACGAGAUCGCCUCAAAGGAGCGAGAAUACUUCUUUGAACUUGAUGCUGCUGAACACCUCCAGUCUUUCAUCGCUGAUUGCGACCGCAGAACUGAGCUGGCUAAGAAGCGACUAGCUGAGACGCAGGACGAGAUCAGCGCUGAAGUGGAUGCAAAGGCCGAGCGUGUUCAUGAGCUGAACGAAGAGAUCGGCAAACUGCUGGCCAAGGCAGAGCAGCUGGGGGGCGAAGGAAAUGUAGAUGAAGCACAGCAGUUGCUGGAGAAGGUGGAGAAAACCCGGAUCUUAAAGAAGGAAGCAGAGGAUGUCUACAGAAACUCGAUGCCGGCCUCCAGCUUUCAGCAGCAGAAACUCAGAGUGUGUGAGGUGUGCUCAGCCUACUUAGGCCUCCACGACAACGAUCGGCGUCUUGCUGACCACUUUGGGGGCAAACUUCACCUUGGUUUUAUUGAAAUCCGUGAAAAGCUUGAAAAGCUUAGGAAAGCUGUUGUAGAGAAACAAGAGCGAAUGCGUAUGAGAAGGCGAGAGGAGCGGGAGAGAGACGAUGAAAGGGAGCGACAGUGGGAAAUGGAGCGGGAGCGAGAGAGGGAGCGGGAGCGUCAACGAGAGUGGGAGCGGGAAAGGGAAAGAGAGCGAGAACGGGAGCGAAGGAGGUCCAGAUCUAGAAGUGGAGAGCGGUACAGGGAUGAAGGCAGCUCGUCUUCCCAUCGUUCAAGACGUCACCGCUCGUCUCGUUCCAGAGAAGAUGGCACCGAUCGGGACAGGGAGCGAGAGAAGAAACAUCGACACAAAGACAGACAUCGUUCACGCUCCCACUCUCACAGGCACAAAAAGAAGAGAUCCCCCAGAGACAGAUCCUCCCACACUCGCGACAAAGAACGCUCACCGUCCCAGGAGAGGUUGCAGGAGCGCCCGGGAGAGGGAUGGCGAGACAACAAGGCAGAGUGUGGAGACUGGGAGGACAAGGAGCGGUCCGUUUCUCCAGACAUGGCCCUGAGCAGGGAGCGAGAGCGAUCCCUGUCCUACGAGCGAGACCGGCGGUCCAGCUCUGAGGAGCGAGAGUCCGGGGAGAUAUGAACAUGCAACGAGUUUGAUUUGAAUAUGUUGAGUAAAAAGGAGUGCAUUUGUUUGUCGACCUUAAGGACGUUCAAAUCAGGACAUGUACAUACGGAUGGUGGGGUUCAAGGAAAACAAGCUUUCUAAGAUUUUGUUAGAUAAGAUUUACUGGAGAGCUGUACAGUCAUUUUGAAUUUCAUCAUCUCAACCUGAUCUUCAGUUAUUCACCAGGACACGGAGAGUGAGUCAACAGAUUGCAGCCCAAAUUUCAUUCUGUUUUAUUUUUAUUACAUGCCUGGUUUUUUUUCUAAUCAUCAGUUGGAUCUCAGUAUAGAUUUUUUUUUUCUUGCUGCCUAAAGUCCUAUUAGUGGAAUCUGAAGAUGCAGUGAUGACUGUUUUUGGAGAAUAAGAUCAGUCCUGAAAUAAGUCAUUAAGUAUUUUUCCUCUUAAAUGGAUACAUGAUGGCUUAUUUACAUAUUCGUGCCGAUACUGUGAUGCUGUUUGGACUUAACUGUGGGAGUUUGGGGAGGGAGAGGGGUCUACUUUGCAGUGCCACCUCAAUGUGAAUAAAAUCUGUAGCUUCUGUUUAAAUGGGUCUGCUGCAGAGUUCUUUAACUUGUUACAGCUUGAAUGAAGCGUUUUUAGUAACACCACAACCUCCACUGUCACAACUGUGUUUACAACUGCUCCAAGGUUGCCAAAUAAGUGUCAAUCAAAUGUGUUAAAGCACGGAUGUCCCAUUAAUGAUUAAGACAUUUUAAAAACUUUGUUAAACUGAAGGAAGAGAAUCCUACCUGCCCCCUUUAGAAAUGUUUUAAUUUUUUAAGUGUUUAAAAGUUCAAAGCAUUACCAACCAUUUAUAAAACUGUUCCUACAUCGAA